CGAAACGCCCAUCGCCAACUCCUUUAUAAAAGCCCAUCAAACCCUCUCGUUUCCGCCUCUCAACACUUUCGCUCUCUCAAAGUCUCUUUCUCAAAACCCUCCCCAAACCCUAGCCUCAUCGUCUCUCGCCCUCUAAUCCAUGGAGUUUUGGGGUGUUGAAGUCAAGGCAGGACAGCCUCUAAAAGUAAAACCUGGGGAUGAUAAGCUCAUACAUCUUUCACAGGCUUCUCUGGGUGAGUCUAAGAACAAGGGAAAUGAAUCCGUUCCCCUGUACUUGAAGUUUGGUGAUCAGAAGCUUGUCUUGGGAACUCUUUCACAAGAGAAAUUUCCUCAGCUAUCUUUUGAUUUGGUUUUUGAGAAGGAGUUUGAGCUCUCUCACAGCUGGAAACAAGGGAGUGUCUUCUUUUGUGGUUACAGAGCUGAUUCUCCUGAAGAGGAGGAGGAUGAUGAUGAAUUUGAUACUGAUUCAGAGGAUGAGGAGGAGAUUUUGCCAGUGAUCAACUCAGAGAAUGGUAAGAAAGACGCAACAAUUACAGCCAAAAGUAUUGCUCCCAAGCCCGAGUCUUCUGAGAAGCAGGUUAAGCUUGUAGAACCAAGCAAAGAUGAUGAGGAUGAUGAUUCUAGUGAUGAGGAUAUGGAUAAUGACAGUGAUGAGGAUGAUGAUGACUCUGAAAUUGGUGAUGAUACUGAUGAUGACUCUGAUGAGGAGCUUGAAGCAACACCUAAGAAGGCCGAACAGGGCAAGAAGAGGUCCUCCGACUCUGCCAUAAAAACACCUGUUCCUGCUAAGAAGGCAAAACAAGCUACUCCUCAAAAGACAGAUGGUAAGAAGGGUGUUCACACGGCAACUCCUCAUCCAUCCAAGCACGCUGGAAAGAAUCCUGCCAACAGUGAAAAUUCCAAGUCGCAGACCCCAAAAUCGGGUGGCCAAUUCUCCUGCAAGUCCUGCAGCAAGACUUUCGGCUCAGAAGUUGGCCUUCAGUCUCACUCAAAGGCAAAGCAUGGUGCCAAUUAGUAAUUGGGUGGUAAUUAGCACAACAUUUGAUGGUGUAGCAUGUCCUGGAUGGAUUCUUUCGUGGGAUGGAUUAUAGAGUUGAGUGUUAUUAGAUUUUGGAGUAGUACACAAGAUAGGGGCCUUCUAGUAGAUUAUCGUGUCUUUGGCAUUUCAAUUGGUUUCGGAAUUCACUCCCCACCCGUAAUAUGCUUCUUUCUUGAACCUUUUAAAGGAGAUGAUUUUGUCUACUAUAUAUUUUCUUUUGCUACCUAA